AUAAGGCGUUAGUGUUUUCUUUUGGCGUCUCCGCGAAUUUUUGCUAAGUUUUUCUAACUGCUGAUAAAAUUAAUUAAAUAAACUGCAUCAGUUAUGGGCAUGGAAGUGGAUACGAAGGAGUCUGUGGUGGAGCUCACCGAGGCGGAGAACGAGCUCUACGACAGACAGAUCCGACUCUGGGGCCUGGAAUCGCAGAAGCGUCUGCGCACAUCGAAGAUCCUCAUCGCUGGACUGAGUGGCCUGGGUGCCGAGAUAACUAAGAACAUCAUUCUCUCCGGAGUUAACUCCGUAAAGCUACUGGAUGACUCGCUGGUCACUGAGGCCGACUUUUGUUCGCAGUUCCUAGCAGCACGUGAAUCUCUGGGCAGCAAUCGUGCCGAAGCCUCCUUGGCACGUGCGCGUGCUCUUAAUCCAAUGGUUGACAUCUCCACUGACACACAGCCGCUGAAGGAGAAGGCCGCCGACUUCUUUGGUCAAUUUGACGUGGUCGUGGUAAAUGGAGCCUCCAACGAGGAGUUGUUGCGCAUCGACACCAUUUGCCGGGAGUUGAGUGUUAAGUUCAUUGCGACUGAUGUCUGGGGUACCUUCGGCUUCUAUUUUGCUAGUCUGCAGAAACAUAGCUACGUCGAGGAUGUAGUCAAGUACAAGAAAGUAGAAAAUUCCGAAAAGAAGACCAAGUUUGAGACUUUCUCGAUUCCUACGCAGCGAGAAGUGGACUACCCCGGAUACGCGGCCUGGCUAGAUUUCGACAUCACAGCACCAAGUUAUCAGCGCAAACUGAAACGCAAUGGACCAGCCAUUAUCCUAUUGAGUGUACUGCAGAAGUUCCGCGCGAUCCAUCAGCGUGAUCCCAGCUACAAGAGCCGGGAGGCUGACUUGAAACUGCUUGGCGGAAUACGCGAUGAAAUUUUGCCAAACUCGGGUCUGACCGACGAAGCUCUGGGCAUCAUUUUUGCACAGAUCUCUCCAGCGGUGGCUGUGGUCGGCGGCGUUGUGUCCCAAGAGGUCAUCAAGGUGGUCACUAAAAUGGAAGCACCUCACCGUAACCUGUUCCUGUUCGACCCUGUGACGUGCGCCGGAUACGUAGAGACUUUCGAAGCCAAGUAACUUAGAAACCCAAUAAUAAAUGUGCACUUCCACUCAUUCACUUCAAAUAACACCACA